CCAUCCCAUAACACAUGGAGCUACUUAGUCCUCCUUCCCUCCCUUCAACAAUAACUGCUGCCUCUGAAGCCAUGUCUGCCCUUAUAACCCACAUACAAUAGUAGAGUCCUUCCUGCAGAGCGCUGUGUAUAUUGCCAGUCCUAUCAUACCUCCCCCUCCAUAGCAGGAAGGCUAUCUAUGCUUCCCAUCUCCAUGCCCCUCCUCUAUGGACAUAUUGCUUUAUGUCCCCCCCAGUGAGUCUGUCACCUGCAUCACGCUUCUUUCUUUCUUUUUUUUCUGCGUGUGUUUAUAAUUUAUUCUAUUUUAUUUACAAAGUUAGCUCUAGUGCUCUGAAUACAGUGUAUAUACACCGCGUCUGGUUUACAGUUCACCUAUUGUUGCUCCUCCCUCUGUCCCUAAGAAGCCAAAUUCACCUCCCACAUUGCCCCUCUAACUACUCCCCUGUUUUUGCCCCUCCUGUUUUACCACCAUCACUUGAGCCCAGCUAUCCCAUUGCAGUUGCUCUGAUAAUCUGGUAUCUGUGCAGGGCACCUUCGAGAUCUUGACAUCGCCCUGAAUUUGGAAACCGCACAUUUAAAAAAAAAACUAAUUCCUACCACCCCCUAUUCAUCGUAUGCUGCUAUGGCAGGGGAAACUCGAUUUAAGAGUAAAGCUGCCCAAAACAAGGCAAAGGAUCAGAGGAUGCAAAAACAGCCACAGAUCCCCAAUGAAUCUUCUCACACUUCAGAAGAUGGCAGUGUGGAAAAGGAGCCUGGGGUAAGGCAGAGGCAGCAGCCUGCUGCAGUUCACAGACAUGGGUCAACUACUCUCAACAUAGUACGAGCCAAGAACAGGAUUCAGCAUGGGACCAAUGAGGCACACCACUUCAAGCAACUGGGGGCUGUGGAACGACUGUUCCUUUAUCUGGGCCUUAGCAAGGUGGCUACUUUAAAGAACUGGACCAUUCUGUUUUUCGCUGCAUUUACAGGUGUUUUACACUGGAGUCACAUAUCAACACUUUUUGAAAAUGACCGCCAUUUUUCCCACCUCUCAACACUGGAAAGAGAAAUGACAUUUCGCACUGAGAUGGGCCUCUAUUAUUCAUAUUUUAAGUCCAUUGUUGAAGCUCCUUCAUAUUAUUCUGGCCUGCAUAUGAUAAUGAAUGAUAAUGUAACAGAAUAUCCUCAUGUGAUAAAUACAUUGAAGAGGUUUAAUCUCUAUCCUGAGGUGAUUUUGGCCAGCUGGUUUCGUAUUUAUACUACCACAAUGAAGAUCCUGGGUAUUCAGACCAAAAUUUGCUGGAAAGUGAAUCGUGGAGAAGACCUCAGUCCUGUGGAGAGCUGUGAAGGCCUUGGAGAUCCUGCCUACUUUUACGUCACCAUGAUUUUUAUUUUGAAUGGAAUAAUGGUAUCAUUGUUCUACAUAUAUGGUACAUAUUUAAGUGCAAGUCGACUUGGAGGUUUCCUCACAGUUUUAUGCUUCUUUUACAACCACGGUGAAUGUACGCGUGUUAUGUGGACUCCGCCUCUCCGAGAGAGUUUUUCAUAUCCAUUUCUUGUCCUUCAAAUGUUCCUUUUGACCUACAUUUUAAGGACUCCGAAUAUUGGUAGAAGAAGCCUGAUUGCACUUUGUGUUUCUAAUGUGUUUUUCAUGCUCCCGUGGCAGUUUGCACAGUUUGUACUCCUUACUCAGAUAUCUUCAUUAUUUGCCAUUUACAUUGUUGGAUAUAUUGACUCAGAUAAAUAUUUGAAUAUCCUGUAUACACAUAUGGUGUCAUUGGGUCUGUGUUUUAUAUUAAUGUUUGGAAAUUCCAUGCUGCUAACAUCCUACUAUGCCUCUUCUCUUAUUGUUAUUUGCGUAAUCGUUUUGAAUAAAAAAGUAUUCUUAAAACUUGAAGCCAAGGAAUGUGUUAAUUGGAUAAUUCAGGUAGCGGCUUGGAUCCUUGGUACCAUUAUCUUAAAGGCUGUAUCCUCCAUUAUUCUUGGCAUAAAGGAUGACGCUCAUAUAAGCAACAUUUUAAAAUCAAAGUUCACAGAUUACAAGGAUUUUGAUACUUUGAUGUAUACAUGUGCUCCAGAAUUUGACUUCAUGGAGAAAGAGACUCCUUGGAGAUAUUUAAAGACAGCCUUACUUCCAGCAGUUUUGCUUGUGUUUGCUGCAAUAUGUGUAUGGACUUUAAAAGAUAUUCGUAUUUCUUGCUGGCAAAAGGCCAGUGAUGUAGAAGAGCACAGACAUGAAAGGUGGGGAUAUUCUACCAGUGGAGAGCUUGUCUAUCAUGCAUUGCAGCUGGUAGCAUUUGCGGUGCUUGCCAUUUUAAUUAUGAGACUAAAGCUUUUUCUCACGCCUCAUAUGUGCAUUAUGGCUUCCUUACUAUGUUCGCGACAGCUCUUUGGAUGGAUCUUUAAGAGAGUUCAAUUCCAUAUGUUUAUCUUUGCUGUAGUAGCACUGAUGACAAUACAGGGUUUCACAAAUCUACAGAAUGAAUGGAACAUUCGAGGAGAAUUUAGCAAUUUACCUCAGGAAGAGCUAUUAGAAUGGAUACAAACAAAUACAAAGCCAAAUGCAGUGUUUGCUGGAGCUAUGCCUACAAUGGCCAGUGUUAAGCUAUCAACAGGACGUCCCAUUGUGAAUCACCCACACUAUGAAGAUGCAGAUUUAAGAGCUCGAACUAAAAUGGUAUAUUCAAUGUAUAGCCGCAAACCAGCCAAAGAAGUGAAAAAUAUGUUGAGUAACUUGGGAGUCCAGUAUUUUAUCUUAGAAGAUGCUUGGUGUGUUCGAAGGACUAAGCCUGGAUGUAGCAUGUCGGAGAUAUGGGAUAUUGAAGAUCCUUCUAAUGCUGGCAAAACUCCCCUGUGUUCAAUUUUGGCACAUGAAACAUUACCACAGUUUCACACCUCAUUUCAGAACAAUGUUUACAAAGUUUUAAAACUUUCCGAAGACUGAAAACCUUUGAAUAAAGAAAAAUUGUUAUCAAAUAUCUUAAAAUAAAUUCUACAUUUUCAGAAAAAUAAGAUAAUUUGAUUUUAUCACAGUUAUUUCUUCUCCAGAUAUUUUAAAUAGGAAAUUUUCUAAGAUAUAAAAAACUAUGCAAUUCUUUAUUGCUAACAAUAUUAUUUGAAAGUAAUUAAAAGCAUUCUAUAUCAUAAAGCCAGCUACAGUUUUUUUUUUUUUUUUUUUUUUUUUUUUUUAAAACAUACUGCCUUAAGCUUAUUGUUAUUGGCAGAAUUUUCUAUUAUAAAAGUGAUAUGCGUUUGAAUUUAGUACCAAAGAGAACAAAAGUGUGUAUAUAUUUAUCUAAUGGAAGUGGUAUUAAAAUCCAAAUUUGUAUUAUUUGUGUUUUGGAUUUAAACACAUUAGGAUGGUUAUGUAGCAAACUUUACUCCGAGGCAUUAUUCCUAGUAUUUUUGUGAAGUUCAGUGACCUUGCAAAUUCAACAACCUCACAAGUUAAAAUGAUUUUGAAUUACUUUUUAUUUUUAUUUUAUUUUAUUUUUUUUAGAAAGCAACCAUAUGUUAAUUGUCUGUGUUUUUAUUAUUCUUAUUUGCUCUCAGAAAUUAAUGUUUUUAAAUGUUUUAGCUUUCAUUUAAUAUAAAACAUCCUAUGAACUAUUACAACCAGUGUUUAAGGUGCAACACAUUUUUAGGUACUGCAGAAUUACUCAAGUAGAAUAUUUGUUUUGCUGCUAUUCCACUUAUUUUACAUUAAUUAACCAAUACUGCACAUUAACCAACAAUGUGUUAACUCAAUAUUCCCCAGUGACAGUGUUUUGAAAGAUAAAUAAAAACCAGCAUAUCCUUCUUUACUUGAGACAUGAUUAGGGCAAUAGUUGUGUGAAGCCCAUUGGACUUUACUAUAAUGAAUGUAUUUUAAACCUUUGGAAAGCUUCUGAGCUAAUGUAGUAUCAUUUGAGUCCACCCCUAUAUGCCAAGGAGGCAAAUUCAAAAUUGUUCUAUUGUUGUAGUGGUAUGUUUAUUUUUAUAUUUUUGUAGUACCAACUAGCUAUUCAAUUUGGCACCAUUAAUCCAUUAUUAUCUAAUGUAGCAUAUCAGUUAUAGAGCCAAACCUGUUUCUUAUGUCCCUACUUUGUGUAUUCACUCCAGUUAUCUAUAUUUCUAAUUUUUAGGACUUUGAAUAUGAAACAUGAUGCAAGGGAAAUGGAUUUGCUUUUCACAUUGGCUAUUUUUUUCUUUGCAUUGUAUAUUUUGUGUUUAACAUACAGUAUAUAUAUUGUUGCUCCAAUAUGAGCAAUUUAAAUGUUUAUAGUUUGCCUGAAGUAUAUGCAAAUAAUGUUUUCCUUCCUUCCUGGAAUCACUAGUUUUGGCCUUGGGAAUGUAAGAUCAGAAAUAUUUAUGAUUUUUUUUUUUUUUUUUUUGAAAGCAAUAUUUACUGUUGUCUUUUAUUGCAUUUUCCUGUUGUAUGUUC